GAGAUUAUUGUUGUGGAUGAUGCUUCAACUCCUCCUUUGGCCAACAAGCUUGAAGGUGUGCCGCCUCAUUGCAAAAUGAAGGUCCUUCGGCAUAAUGAGUCCUUGGGACUGAUGAUAGCUAAACAGACUGGAGGGGAUGCUGCAUCAGGGGCAUACAUUGGCUUCUACGACUGCCACGUGGCACCUGCCAAAAACUGGUACAAAGAGACCAUUGAUCUGCUGGCAGCGAAAGAGCGGCGGCUGGUUGUUCCAAUGAUUGCAGAUCUGGAUUUGGAUACGUGGGAUGAGAAAGUUCAUGGUGCGCUCACAGCAAAGUGUUACAUCAACUUCAAUGCUGAUUUCUGGUGGUAUGAAGAUGAAUCAGACUUCAUCCCAGUGAUCAGCGGAGGCCUGGUGGCUACAACCAGGAAAUGGUGGCAGGACUCGGGGGGCUUUGAUCCUGGCAUGCGAGGUUGGGGUGGUGAGAACACGGAUCAGUCGUUACGGGCAUGGUUGUGUGGAGGUGACAUUCUACGUGCACGAUCAAGUCAUGUGGCGCACAUGUGGCGAGUGGAUUCCGACCCACGCACAUUGUCCCACUACCAUCUCCGGCACCGCACCGACAAUCUGGCAAGGGUUGCCGCUAUCUGGUUUGGUGAAUUCAAAGACAAGUUUCGAGAUGGAAAGUUGGUUAGAACCUUGCAGCGGCGCGUCAUGGCUGCACUUUGCCAACAUGGCAUCCGGUUGUGGAACUCCAUCGAAUGCUUUGACAGAUUAGAUCCAACAGGCCCCAUCGUCUACUUCUGCGACAUUACUGGACAGAACCAGAACCAGCAAUACGUGCUGGACACCCAGGGCCUUAUUCGCCACUCCUCAGGCCGCUGCGUCUCUACAAAUCUCAAGGCCACCAGUCUAGCUGCUACCCCGUGUGCUGGUGCACGUCACUGGGAGGUCAUCGAGCAGUUCGUCCCAGCAGAAACCUUGCGGUACCAGGCAGCUGUGACCAGGUACCAGCUCAGGGAAGCGGUGGGUGGCUUUCCUCUGGUGUCGCCAUCUACGCAGGGGUUUGCAGAAGUGCCCUUGACAAAGCUCAAGGAGGCUGUGAAAAAUGAGGUGAGCGCUGGGGCGCUUGCCGGCGCAGCUCAUAUGGUUCUGCGACGUGGCCGGUGCGUGUUGGCACAUGCGGAUGGCUUUGCAAAUGUGCGGGCGAAGCGGCCGUUUGGACUGCGCACCCUUUGCCGCCUGCAUGGCUGCACGAAACCACUGGUGGCUGCAGCUUUUCUGACCCUCGUAGACAAGGGCAAGGUGAAGCUGUCUGACCCGAUUUCCAAGUAUAUUCCUUUCUCGGAGGAAGUAAGUCAGAAGAAGGGGCGCAGGCGCAAGCCACUUCAAUUGAAGGCCCGCAAGGUUAAGGUUCGGCCAACGCUUCGACAUCUGCUCACCAUGACAGCCGGGCUGCAGUAUCAGGACUGCCGGGCUUAUGCCAAGACCAUGCGUGGGAUUCAGCAGCGCCAGAUCAAGACCCUCGCAGCGAUGUGCGAGGGACUUGCGGCCCAGCCCUUGCAGAACGAGCCAGGGUCCUGCUACACCUACAGCUUCUGCACGGACAUGAUCGGGAGAGUCUGCGAAGCUGUGAGUGGAAAGCGUUUGGACAAAUUCAUGCAGUCGGCUCUCUUGGCACCGCUGGGGAUGCAGGACACCUACUUCGAAGUGCCAGCUAAGAAGCGGAAAAGGGAAGCAGUUCUCUACGACUGCCAGCGCAGUGGAGGAAGCUAUGUGCCAAAGGUCUGGAGUCAGCCGGAAAAGGCUGUGCCCAUUAUGAGCGGCGGAGGCGGCAUAUUGACCUACAACGAUCCUGGAAUGUGGAGCACCAUUGAGGAUUAUGCCAAGUUCUGCCAUAUGCUUUUCACGGGCAAGUCUCGCAGUGGUGCUCGGAUUCUGCGACCCGAAACUGUGAAGGCCCUUUGGUCAGAUAGCCUGGCAAAGUAUGGGCAGAAGGAUGGCCGACUGCCGGGCUGGCAUGAUGCUGAUGGCAAGGCCAAAGGUGGCCACUGGGAUUACACCGGCUGGUCCUUGCUGAACACCCACUUGACCUUCAAGCAGAUGCCUUCCCCGAGCAAAAGAGCCCGGGUAGGGCAGACUAUGUGGAUGGGAGGCGGUGGUGGCACCUUUUGGGUGGUGGACAAGCGCAACGAGACCAUUGCUAUUUCAUUCUCCCAAAGUUUUGGGGGGCGUGGUUCGUUGACUGACACUGCGAAGGAUGCAUCAGUCUUUGUGGAGGCCGCGUUGCAAUCGCGGUGA